CAGACGCGCAGAGGAAAAGCAUCCCGAGCCUGAACGCACACACCCCGGCGGGCGACCGCGCUUACAGCCCGCAACAAGACAGGGAGCAAAAUAACCAAGCGGCAGUCUUGACCCACCUGUGAUAUCCUUGCUCACGCUGACGAAACCAGAGGCAGUGAUCUCCUUAGAAGCCAUGUCUGUUCCUCUCUCCUAUCGCCACCCCUCCUCCACCUUCUCUCCGCUGUCUCCCUCCCUCUCCCUCUUUCUCGCUCGCUCGCUCUCUCUCUCUCUCAGACACGGACAGAAAGGAUGGUCUCUCUUCCAGGCAUUCCAGCAGAGCAUCUCACUGCCCGACGCGCUUCCUGGAACGAACCCCGUGAAUGUCGGGAGGCUGGCUGUGGGAGCAACUGGAGGUGGAGGGAGGGAUGAGGAGGAGGAGGAGGAGGAGGAGAAGGAGAAGAAGAAGGCGGGGAUCACUGAGGGAUAAUGAGGCAGCUUUAGUUACCUGUGAAAGAACAGCGCACACCCAAGUCAAAAAUUCACUGAAAACGCACUGUAGUUUGGCUGUAAAAAAAGUCGAUGAGGCUCCGCGAAAACUCACACUAGACUGAUACCGUUUUACUACACCGUUUUUAAAGAUUUUACCAAUUUAGAUUAUGAUGAGCAAUACUUGCUUCCUGACACUAAUGCUGGGGCCUGUGCUGCUCAUUGUUAUACCGAAAAAGAAGUCAGUAAAACAACACUGCUACGUAAACAGCCAUGCUAGCGGCUCUGGCGCCACACGCUAAAGUUAGCAUGCUAGCAUGUUCACAAUGACAGUGCUAACAUGCAGGUAUAAUGUUUACUAUGUUCAGUAACUUAGUAAAGCCUGUCAACAGGAUAACAUUUUCUAAUCAUCACUAGUGUUCAGUUGGACUGAUGGGAAUGUCAGUUACACAGUAAAUUAGCCUAUUUCUUGCACUGAGCACAUCAUCAUGUAAAUUUUUGUUGGCAUAUGAUGUUAAAGGCACUUUUUACAACAAAAUAUCUCUUGUGAAAACAGCUUUUUCUGCUCAAAAUCCUCUGUUGGCUUGUAUUUAAAAGUUCAGUCAAGUCAAAUUCUCUGGCCCCGUCCCUAACUACGAGGAAAUAGGCCUUUGAGCUGCUAGUGGCACUAGAGGAAAGGUCAUGGGAUAACAGAAGUCAGUAGAAUUCAUCCUUUGGGUGCUGGGGAUAUGUUAUCACAUUAAGUUAUCACAGGUCAUCCUGUGGGGAACAUGAAUGGGUGUACCAAAUUUCAUGGCAAUCCAUCCCAUAUAUGUUGAGAUAUUUCAGCCUAGACCAAAGUGGUCGACUGUGCCGCUAGCAUGGCUAGAAACAAAUUGACUGGGGAUGGUGAUUCCCCUCAUUCGAUAUACCAAAACUUUAUUUGAUUGUAACUGAUUGGAUAACACCGAAUAAAAUGAAAUUCUCCCCAAAGAGAAAAUAAGCAUUAAUGUAAGCAAGUGCUGGAAAGAAAUAGUAGGAUAUAAAUGGAGCAAAACGAGAUAUAAUACGACAACCAACAACCUGAACAAGUAGAAAUGCAUAAAUAAAUAGUUUUCAGCAAAAAAAUAUGAAAAAAACAAUAAAUAAUUUCAAAUUUGCAGUAAGUUUGAGAGAUCACAAGUGACUUUUUUACAGAGAAAGUGUAAAACUGCUUGUUGAUAGUAAAUUGAUUGUAUUGUGGUUUCCCCUCUCUGCCUGGCUUCUGUUGUCUGAUGGCUCCGCCUGUUAACUACUUAACAGAGGAAGGAAAAGUCUCCACCAAGAUGAGCAUCUUUGUCUGUAAUUUGCAGUGAUAGUCGGUCGAAACUCCUCUUGGGAGUAGUAGGGAGUUGCACACCUACUUUUGGACAUUAAAUUCUCAACAGAAUGAAUGUCGUCCUUAUCUCCUCACUGCUGGGUGUAGCUGCACUUGUUCUCCAAGUUGCUGCAUUUAAAGAGUCCCUGGAGGUCAGUGUGUCUGUGAGGCCUCCGGGGUCACACAUCUACCUCGGCGAGUGUGUGUUUCUGCAGUGCAUAGUGGAGUCGCAGUCCCCUUUUGUGAAGAGCUACCGAUGGUACAGGUCCAAACCACACACUGCUCCGAACCCCAGGCACCUGGUCUCUGGUGACAGCUACUUCAUCACCGCAGUAACAAGGGAGGACGCGGACAGUUACUGGUGCCAAGCCGAGUGUCGGGAGAACAAGACCGUGUUUGUGGUGAAAGCCCAGCCGUUCGCGCUCAGUGUGUCAGAGCUGCACCCUCCCUCACUGUCUCUGACUCCCAACACCAGGCAGAUGCUCAGAGGGGAGCGUUUCACGGUGCGGUGCCCCGCUUUUGAGACUUACUCCCCAGGCUGGAAGCUGGUGCAUUUCUCUCCAGACCGUACAAUGAGGACCACAGUCUUCAGUGUCCACUAUUCACCACCAGGAGGGGGUGUCAGUGCAGACAACUCUGAAGCAUUUGUCUUCAUUGCUGCCAGUGGGAAAAGCGGACUGUACUGGUGUGAGGGCGCUGGGGGCCGCAGCAACGCAGUCAACAUCACAGUAAGCUAUGGCACCAUCAUUUUGAAGAGUCCCGCCUUCCCCGUAUUUACGGGUGAUGAAGUUGUCUUGUAUUGUCAGUACCGGAGAGGCAACUACAAUAAAACAACCUUCUUUAAAAAUGGAGCAGAAAUUGAUACUUAUAGUUCUUCCAGUUCAGACGGACUAAUAAAGAUGACUAUUAAGAAUGUGACACAGGAAGACGAAGGCUUCUACAAGUGUGCUUCCCACGACAGAAAGAUGGAGAGUCCAGAGAGCUGGUUAUCAGUGAGACCUGACAGAGGCAACCUCACAUCAUCAUCAGAAGGGAUACCAGCCUCCACUAGUGGUUCCUGGAAAUGGAUCAUUGUCUCAUGCGGGGUUGUACUUCUGUUCCUCAUUCCUCUCACUGUUUGGCUAUUUUGUCACUACAGGUACCAGAUGUUUUGCACUCAUAGCUGCUGGCCAGUUUCCAAACAGGAUGUACAAACAGAGGCACUUCCUGCGACCAAGCAGGAUGGAACAGAAGUGCAAUGGGACCUCUCCUGGAUGGAGAUGUCCAAUCUGUUGGAUAAGUAGUUAUAUCCUGUCACUUAAAGGAUCACUCUCACCUGGAGCAUAUAGAAAGUACUACAUAGUGUGAAACCUAUGAGAUACACCAAUCAGAGCUGCAUCUAGCACGAUGUACGGACAAUUUGUAGAUUUUUAUAGGCACAUGGCAAACAAAUCCAAGCUUCUUCAAGGGGUGCUGCAAGGAUAUAUAUUCUUGGCCAGUUUCUUUU